AUGAAAAUUAGUCCUUCUUCUGGCCAUGAACAACUUAGUGGCAAAAAAAUCGUCAGAUUUUUACAACCAGUAUGUCAAGUUAUGGGGUUAACAGUUCCAGAUCUUUUUAACUACUGUGGCUUAGCCGUGUUUUACCUUAUAUAUUCAUCACUAAUUUGUAUACUUUUGUUCGCUUUGUGUAUUUAUUCUUUAUAUUUUAAAGUGCUACACUUUUAUGGUAAUAUCAUUUUGACCGCAGCAAUUUUAGAUGCGAUUACCGCAGUAGGAACUACAGCUACCACUACUGUCUCUAUCCUCUUGGCAGUUGUCUUUCAAAGAAGAAAAAUAGUAAAAGUGUUUAAGGAUUUAAUGGAAAUCGAGAGAAUGUUAAACGAAAAAUUCGAAUGUACUUGUAAGUUGGAAGAUAAGGGUCUACUCAUACAAUUUGGGUGCUUGGAAUUUAUAAUUUUAUCCUACACAAUUUUUGAAUCUGCGUUCAGGAUACAAACGCAUGGGUUGUUUCGUUACACUUGGUCAGUUGAUAGAUAUUUAAAUCUAUUUAUGAUUUCUUUGAUAGUAAUGCAAGUUCAGUUUAUCUCUACAGUUAUAAAACAGUAUUUUGGUUUUGUCAAUGACAAAAAUUCUAACGGAAAAUACGGAGCCGUGAAGACCAAGUUUUUUCUUAAAAUAUAUGAUAGACUUUGUGAUGUAAUAGACUUAACUAGCAAAUCACAUGGAAUACAAAUUGCUGCAAUUAGUUUCAUCAUUAUUAUAUGUCUAAUUCAAAGCAUGAAUUUAUUGAUGAAGUUUGCCUUAGGAAUUGACAUAAGCACAUCUGGGUGGAACAUUGGUUUUUUGAUAGCUGAUACGAUGAAUUCUGUUAUUUUUAUUAUGUUUGGGGUGAUAGUGGCAAUUUGCUGUGAGCAAGCAUCUAACGAAGCCAAUAACACUUCCAUAAUUUGUUAUAAAAUUCUUUUGAACUACCCUUCGUAUCCAAAAUCACAUGAUGAAGAUAUUACAAGAAACGAACUCAUGCUAUUGGCAGAGCAUUUGAGCCAAAGAAAAAUCAAAUUUUCGGCUGCAGGAUUGUUUGUAGUUGACCACACAAUGUUAUAUAUGAUUUUCGGUUCUAUUGCGGCUUAUUUAGUUAUUGUUUUACAGUUUAAAUAA